UGACGCUGCCGUCCAUUUUUAGCGUCGGAUCUUCCUAGCACGAUGGGCCGCAAGAAGAUCAAGAUCCAGCGCAUCGACGAUGACCGCAACCGCCAGGUGACCUUUGCCAAGCGCAAGACGGGCAUCUUCAAGAAGGCCAUGGAGCUCUCCAAGCUCUGCGACUGCGAGAUCGCGCUCAUCGUGUUCGACUCGAACGAUAAGCUGUACCAGUACUCGAGCACGAGCGUCGACCAGAUCUUGCUCAAGUACACCGAGUACGGCGAGCCGUACGAGACCAAGGACAAUAGCGACUACGACGCGCUCUUUGGCGAAAACAAAAAGAAGCCAGGCGACAACAGCAGCAACAACAAUAGCCCGUACGGUGGCCUCUCGUCGCACGAGAGCUCGCCCGCGUACUCGAGCAUGGGCACGCCCAACGACCGCAUGCUGCCGCAUGGCGUGUCUCUCGGCCUCACUAACGACCCCGACCAAUAUGUCCUCAACAACCACCGGAACAACAUGGCGAAGAAGCGAACGCCGAAAGGAUUUCAGCAAUUGCUGCAGAAGAAAGACAUGCAGUACCUUCCGCCGCAGCUCUACCAGCACAAUCUCGGGAUGCUCUCGUCGAUGCAUGGCAGCAACCAAGGCAUGCUGGGCGCGCUCCCGAGUCCAUCGAAUCUGCACGGCAUGCUGCCGUCGCCCACGACUGCCAACAUGCUCCUCCGCCACGACUUUAGUCCGCAAAACGGCGACGGCCCGCCCGGCGGCCACAUGCACCUCGGGUCCAUGGGCAACGAGAUGGGUGACGACAAGAGCGUGCUGGGGCUCAACCUCGGCCCAAGCGACUUUGGCCACCACAAGCAGUCGAACAAUAUCGCGUACCGCGACGCAGCCUCGGCCGAGAGCCACCAUGCGCACAUGCAACAGCAGCAGCAGCAGCAUAAUCGGAACGACAGCAUGCGAGGCCACUUUGAGCAACAGUUGCGCGCGUCCGACGAGAUGGUAUACGACGACCGACGCAGUCAAGGACACGGCAGCAACAUGCACCAGCACGGGUAUGACGGACGCAUGGGCCAUGACGUGGGCGAUCUGGACGACGACGACGACCGCGGGCGAAAGCGACCGCAUCCCGAGUCGGCCAAGCGCGGCCUCGUGCUGGACCCGGACGCGGUCUCGAAGCGCACGCGCGUCGCAUCAAUAUAACGACGCGCCUUUUGUUGCGUAGCGACGUAUUCGUGGUAGAUGAUGAGAGCGAACACCCUUAAUAUAUAUUCGUGGCACCCGUCCUACA